AGAGGUUUUCUUAAGAGUUUGCUUUGUGUGGUGACACAGCAAGAAGGAAACAUGGUCAGCCGAUUUGAACACCCAGCUGGUGGCUACAAGAAGAUUUUUGAGACAUGCGAGGAGCUGGCUGAGCCGCUUCCAGCAACAGUGACAGGUAGGAUUCCUUCGUUUCUGAAAGGAAGUCUUCUCCGUUUGGGACCUGGGCUUUUUGAGGUUGGAGAUGAACCUUUCUAUCACCUCUUCGAUGGCCAGGCCCUCAUGCACAAAUUCGACUUCAAGAACGGUCAGGUCACCUACUUCCGAAAGUUUGUCAGAACGGAUGCCUACGUGAGAGCCAUCACAGAGAAGCGUGUGGUGAUCACUGAGUUUGGCACCUUUGCAUACCCCGAUCCCUGCAAAAACAUUUUCUCCAGGUUUUUCUCUUACUUCAAGGGUGUUGAGGUCACAGACAACUGCCUGGUGAACGUUUACCCUGUUGGUGAGGACUUUUACGCUGUAACAGAAACCAACUUCAUCACCAAAGUAAAUGUCGACACCUUGGAGACGCUGAAGAAGGUUGACAUGUGCAACUUCAUCAACAUUAAUGGAGUGACAGCCCACCCUCACAUUGAGAGGGAUGGUACAGUGUUUAACAUUGGAAACUGCAUGGGAAAAGGAGCAACGCUGGCCUACAACAUUGUCAGGAUUCCACCCACGCAGAAAGAUAAGUCUGAUCCCAUUGAGAAGUCCAAGGUUGUGGUGCAGUUCCCCAGUGCCGAGAGGUUCAAGCCCUCCUAUGUGCACAGCUUCGGCAUGUCAGAGAACUACUUUGUGUUUGUGGAGACCCCGGUGAAAAUCAAUCUGCUGAAAUUCCUGAGUGCUUGGAGCAUCCGAGGCUCCAACUACAUGGACUGCUUCGAAUCCAAUGAGAGCCAAGGAACCUUGUUUCACAUUGCCAAGAAAGACCCAGGAGAGUACAUUGAUCACAAGUUCAAAGGGGCACCCAUUGGCAUGUUUCAUCACAUCAACACCUAUGAAGACCAGGGCUUCAUUGUUGUUGACCUCUGUGGAUGGAAAGGUUUUGAGUUUGUCUACAACUACCUCUGGUUGGCCAAUCUGAGAGCCAACUGGGAAGAGGUGAAGAAAGCAGCCAUGAUGGCGCCUCAGCCGGAGGUUCGCAGAUACGUUAUUCCCCUGGACGUCCACAAGGAGGAGCAGGGGAAAAACCUGGUCAGUCUGCCGUACACCACAGCCACAGCGGUGAUGCACGCUGAUGGGACCAUCUGGCUGGAGCCGGAGGUGCUGUUCUCUGGGCCACGCCAAGCCUUUGAGUUCCCUCAGAUCAACUACGAGAGGUAUGCAGGGAAGAAUUACACGUACGCCUACGGUCUGGGUCUCAACCAUUUCAUACCAGACAGGAUCUGCAAGUUGAAUGUGAAGACCAAGGAGACCUGGGUAUGGCAGGAACCAGACUCCUACCCCUCGGAGCCUCUGUUUGUUCAGACUCCUGAUGGAGUAGAUGAGGAUGAUGGAGUGCUGCUCACCAUAGUGGUGGCCCCCGGCUCCCAGAGACCAGGGUACCUCCUCAUCCUCAAUGCCAAGGAUCUGUCUGAGAUCGCCAGGGCGGAAGUGGAGUGCAGCAUGCCCGUCACCUUUCAUGGGAUGUACAAACCGUAAUGAUGCUGGCCUCAGGUCGUUAACAGCAGUCAGCCAUGACAGGCGCCCAGUAUUAAAAACAGGAUGAAUUAUGACAGUGUGGUUGUAUGUUCUCAUUGCAGUUGACCUCGGUUGUUAAAGGUGCUGUGUACGAUAUUCAGAGCAUUAAUAUAGUUGCAACUAUUUGCUAUGUCAAGAUAUAGUGGAGUAAUGGCAUCCCGAGCAGCGAAUGAAGUCAUGCUACCUUUGUAUGUGUUGUAAUCCGAGCUUCUCUGUACUUUGUUGCGAUAGCUGUUUUGGCUGUGUGUGCAUGUUAGUGCAUACAAGUCCCACUGUGUAUCCCACUGACUAGCUCUGCACUGAACUCAUACAAGCAAGAACUCCUAAUGACACCAGCGUUGCAGAAGCGUAGACUCACCCUCCAUUAGCUCUGUCAGCACUGUUGCUGCUAUUAGUGCUGUUAGCAUGUUAGCUGCUAGCUGCCGGCUGAACCACCUCCAUUUUGAGAGCUGUGUGGAGACAAUCCCAGCUCAGACCCUGUAUGCUCUGAAUGUCACAAACAGCUCCUUUAAAUAAAAAUAGUAUGUGAAUCGACUUGUCUUUUUGAGUCUAGUUGCUGCAUAUACUAGAAUUUAUAAACCUGUAUU